GAAGGUAAGAAGGCCUUUGACAAGCAGACACAGAAAUUCUGUGCAUCAUUAGACCGUUACUUGAGUUUAAAAACCAAAGUUCCAGAUUCACAGUUACAAGAGAAUGAUGCUCAGUUAGAACUGGAAAGACGAGGGUUUUAUGAACAGUCUAUGAAAUAUGUGUUACAGUUACAAGAGGUGCAGGAGAGGAAAAAAUUUGAAUUUGUUGAAAUACUUCUUGUGUUCAUGUACAGUUUGCUAACAUUUUAUCAUGAAGGUCAUGAAACAGCUGCUGAUAGUAAACCAUAUUUAGCCACCCUUCAACAUACAUUACAAAAGACACGGAACAAUUUUGAGACAACAAGGGAACAGGCAGAGAGUCUGAUGUUGAAAAUGUUGGAUUGCCGUGGCAAUGUAAGUAUCCUGUCAGAUGUCCAGAAUUUGUUGCCGGCUCAACUCAAGUUAAAUCUUCUCAAAUUGGGAAUUAUUUUCUUUUCUGCAAUAAUUUACUAAGGAGGGGUAUGGAGAUGGGGGAAAUGUUUUAAAAUGUUACGCUUCAAGUGAUUUUAAAAGUUGCUUAUAUUUUGUGGUGUUUUAUUUUGCUGUGAUACAUUCUAUGCUAGUGCACAGGUGUCAAAUUCUGUUUUAUGGGUAAACUUAAACUUGUUUAAAAACCUUGUUUCCUUUUACAGGUUAAAAAAUGUUGUGUAACAAAAGGUUUUUAUGAGUAUCAAAUAUACAUAUUCAAAAGCUAUUUUUGUUGACCAUAUAACUAGAGUCAUAUGUGCCAUGAUAUCCAGGCUUAAGAAUUGAAACUGUAAGAAAUUAAUCUCAUGUUUGAGAAGUUAUAUGGAAGAGUUGAGCUUGCAUUAUCUACUGGCCUUGCAUCA